CCCAUUCCGCACUGCAUCAACUUCCCUCAUUCUUCCUCUCUCUUUCUUCCUAGCUCUUUCUGUGUUCUCUUGCUGUUAGAGGCUUUGGAUGAUAUUUCUUACUCUGGCUUUUGUAUGAUAGCUCAUGCUCUUUGCACCUCCUUGUUGGAAUUCAAGAGAGAUAAAACCAGAUAACGUUCAAAGACAGACACACCUAGAAUUUUAAGGAACAGGAAACUCAGCAGCUCUGCUUCUGCCUUGAAACACUGGGACUGUGCUGGAGUUACCCAAAAGUACAGGGCUAAAGCUGGUUUCUGUAAAAGAAGAAGUAGAAGAAGAAAAUGAAGUAUGUUUUGGUGACUGGUGGAGUUGUGAGUGGCCUUGGAAAAGGAGUCACUGCUAGUAGUAUUGGUCUUCUCCUAAAGGCUUGUGGACUAAGGGUCACCUCCAUCAAAAUUGAUCCUUACUUGAACACUGAUGCUGGAACCAUGUCACCUGUGGAGCAUGGUGAAGUCUUUGUUCUAGAUGAUGGUGGUGAGGUGGACCUGGACCUUGGAAACUAUGAGCGAUUCCUAGAAAUCAAGCUGACCCGUGAUAAUAAUAUUACUACCGGAAAGAUUUACCAGGAUGUUAUAAACAAAGAGAGAAAGGGAGAUUAUCUGGGAAAAACUGUCCAGGUUGUCCCUCACAUCACAGAUGCUAUCCAAGACUGGAUUGAGCGUGUAGCCCAUAUACCAGUUGAUGGAAAGUCAGGCCCUGCUGAUGUUUGUGUCAUAGAGUUGGGUGGAACUAUAGGUGAUAUUGAAUCCAUGCCAUUUAUUGAGGCAUUAGGACAAUUCUCGUACCGUGUAGGAGCUGAUAAUUUUUGCUUAGUUCAUGUCAGCCUUGUGCCUGUUUUGAAUGUUGUUGGUGAACAGAAAACAAAACCAACCCAGCACAGUGUUCGUGGACUGAGAUGUCUGGGUUUGACACCACAUGUGAUAGCUUGUCGCAGCACAACGCCACUAGAAGAAAAUGUAAAGACCAAACUCAGUCAAUUUUGCCAUGUCCAGAAAGAUAACAUCAUCACGCUCUAUGAUGUUCCCAACAUUUGGCACAUUCCAUUACUCUUAAGAGACCAGAAGGCUCAUGAAGCAAUCUUUAAAGUGUUUAACCUUCAAGGAUUAACAAGGGAACCUGAAUUAGAACAGUGGACUACUAUGGCUGAAGUUUGUGAUAUGUUGCAUGAGCCGGUGCGCAUUGCCAUAGUGGGGAAGUAUACAAGCCUUCCUGAUGCAUACCUCUCCAUACAAAAGGCUCUUGUUCAUGCUUCUGUUUCUCGCGGCAAGAAACUUUUUGUGGAUUGGGUUCCAUCUGGUGACCUUGAGCACACAACUGAGAAAGAGAAUCCUGAUGCUUAUAAAGCUGCAUGGAAGUUGUUGAAGGGCGCAGAUGGUAUUCUUAUUCCAGGAGGAUUUGGUGAUAGAGGAGUGCAAGGGAAAAUUCUUGCAGUAAAGUAUGCCCGGCAAAAGAGAAUUCCAUUUCUUGGUAUUUGUCUAGGAAUGCAGGUCGCCGUGAUUGAGUUUGCAAGAUCUGUUCUUGGUCUGCAGGAUGCCAACAGCACAGAAUUUGAUCCUGACACUAAGAAUCCCUGUGUUAUAUUUAUGCCUGAGGGCUCAAAAACGCAUAUGGGAGGCACCAUGCGCCUUGGAUCCAGGAGAACAUAUUUCCAGUCUACAGACUGUAAAUCAGCUAAACUAUAUGGAAACAAACGCUUUGUUGAUGAGAGACAUCGGCACAGAUAUGAGGUGAACCCUGACAUGGUAGCACGCCUUGAAAAUUCCGGCCUCUCUUUCACUGGCAAGGAUGAAACUGGCCAGCGCAUGGAGAUUGUUGAGCUACGUAAUCAUCCCUAUUUCAUCGGUGUCCAGUUCCAUCCUGAAUAUAAAUCAAGACCAGCAAAACCUUCUGCUUUAUUCCUAGGGCUUAUAGCAGCAGCAUGUGGACAGUUGGAUGCUCUCUUACCAAGCUCUGAGAGGAAAAGGAGUGCCUCAUACGGAGCAGGCAACGAAAUGUUUGGAGCAGCAUGUGGGCAGUUGGAUGCUUUCCUCCAGGGCUCUCCAGAGGCGAAAAGGAAUGUCUCGAAUGGAGCAGGCCACGAUGUAUAUAAUGCCAAAACAUGCCAAAAUGGAGGUGUAAUUACUAAUAGGCCUCAAGACGGUGUAUAUAGCAUUUUCAAUGGGAUGCACUUGUGAGAAGGCAUAUUAGGUGUGGUUGCUUCUAUGUUGUAGGAAAUGUUUCGUUGUGGUGUGGCUUAGGGGUUUUUGCUUGCAAGAAGGGGCUUCUCUUAGGUUAUAUAUCGUAGGAGUGUUUGUACAGUCAUUGGGGUAAUGGUGAGAUGUAUUAGCCUUUCCAAAGACUCAAACGUAGAAAUGGAGCUGAGUCCUGCUCUUUUUACAAAGGACACAGCUCAAAGUCUCCAUUUUUGUAUUGGGACUUUUAGAACCCCUUCCCCAGCUUGCUAUCCUCGUUUUGUUGUUUUAAAUGCAGUAAUAAAUACUUGUAUCCAUGGACUCUCCCUUUUGAUCGAUGCUUAUCAAUUCUCAUUUUUCUUGUUUGA